CUUUGUAAUAAUUGCAAGAUUUCUUCAGAGAGUGUAUUAUUCUCCUAUGAGAAUUUAGGUGUUGUUAGUGGUCAUGAUUGCUGAGCACCUGACCAAAGAACUGUUUCAGUUUUUACUGAGAAACCUUUGGUGACAGUUUCUGUGGGGUCUUCUAAGAAAGAGCCACCAAUUCCAGAACAGAUACACAAUAUCUGGCUUUCAUAAAAAGCAAAUGGAUCAUCGUACUGGGCACUUUAGUAGCAACAGAUAACACACUUCUACAGUUCUGGAAAUCCUUGAUCAUCUGCAGUCCAAGUACUAACCAUAUCCAGCUUUGCUUACUUCAUAGUCCAAAGAAGACAGGAGGCCAUGACAGAAGCUGAGAACUUCACCUCCGUCAAGGAAUUCAUCCUGCUGGGACUCACCAGCCAGAGAAAAAUCCAGCUUCUCCUCUUUGGGAUUAUUCUUAUCAUCUACUUGCUUACAGUUUUGGGGAACAUGCUGAUCAUGAUAUUGGUGCAGGGUGAUGUAAAACUCCACACACCCAUGUAUUAUUUUCUUUCCCAACUUGCAGGGGUAGAUAUCUGCUAUGUUACCAGCACCAUGCCUCUCAUGUUGACUCAGCUCCUGGCUGAUGAUGGAACCAUUUCUUUCACAUUCUGUAUGAUCCAGAUGUACAUUGCCUUGGCCACAGCUUCUGUUGAGCUUCUCUUGUUGGGGGUCAUGGCCUAUGACCGCUACCUGGCCAUCUGCUGCCCUUUACUUUACCCUGUUCUCAUGGCUAAACAGUGUCAGUUGCAGUUCACUUUAGCAUGCUGGAUCAUAGCUCCUCUGGUCUGUGUGAUUUGUAUUGUCUGCCUCAUUUGCCAAAACUAUUGUGGUCCCAAUGAGAUCAAUCACUUCAUAUGUGAGUUGCCAAUGGUAUUAAAACUUGCAUGUGGUGAUACAAGUAUGACUGAGGACAUCAUUUUUGGUAUAGGCUCAUGUGUCCUUCUGGGUCCCCUUUCUUUUAUAUUGACCUCCUAUGGAUUUAUUCUUCGUUCUGUAUCACAAAUGAAAUCACAGGUGGGAAGGCACAAGGCUUUCUCUACCUGUGUCUCCCAUCUCCUUGUGGUGUCCUUGUUUUAUGGCCCUUCCAUCUGCGUGUAUCUGCUUCCAAAGACUGAUUCAUCAUCUAAUCGCGAUAAACAAAUUGCAGUCUUCUAUGUUGUGAUUACUCCUCUCCUCAACUCUAUCAUUUAUACUCUGCGAAAUAAGGACAUUCAUAGGGCAGUAGCCAAGAUCUUGUGAAGAAGGACCUUUGAACAAAACUUAUAGUGUUUGUGUCAGGAUUGAUCAAUUUACGUAAAAAAAAAAAAGCCCUGAUGAUCUAACAGUGGCUGAUUGUGAGUAUUGCUUUGCAAUAAUUUGAAAGUCUGUGUUUGCCAACCUUUAAAUCAACUCCGUUCUGUGGAUGAUCUAUCUCUCAGCCUUGUCUUUACUCAGUAAUUGUGUUGAGACAUUAAAACCUCAAAGUGUAGCUCUUAUGAAAUGUGGAAUAUGCUGCUCUUGUUUCGACUUUCUUGGUUGUGGUGUGAAAAAGUUUAGAAAGUAUGAUGCUUUAAACUAUAGAGGAACAAAUCUGAUACCAAGUUAACCUCCUAUAAAAAUGAGGGAUUAUGGGAUUCAGGUAGGUAAGAUUUAACCUAUUCUUUACAUUCUUUAUUAUUGGUAUAUAUUUUUGUUAGUCCAUGCUGCCCUCAAAGAAACAAUAUCAUCUUCUAGAUUUUCACAAGAUGGCUAUAUAAUCUGUCCUAUAAUUUUUACUGGUGGUGUUGGCAGCUCAUCAGAAUGAGUCUUCAUUUCUAUCCAAUAUUUCAGAAAUCAGAAAAAAUGUCUCCAGAAGUUGUGGAUGCUCCAACCUUGGAAGUUUUUAAGAAGACAUUGGACAACCAUUUGCCUGAAACGGUAGAGGUCUUCUUUCCUGAGCAGAGGGUUGGACUAGAAGACCUCCAAGGUCACUUCCAACUCUGUAAUUCUGUUCUGUUCUAAUUCAAUGAUAUUUUAUUUUAGGCAGGUGAGAUUUAACCUCUGUUUAGAUAUUUGUCCUAUAAUUUUUACUGACAUUGUUGUUAGUUAGUCAGUAUGAAUCUUCAUUUCUACCCAACACUUCAGAAAACAAGAAAACUUAUUGAUUGCAAUGGAUUUAGUGCUAUUUUAUUUUCAGUAAGUUUAAUAGGAUUGCAUUGUAAGGUCUUCCAAAGAACAUAUACCACCAUCACAGUGUUGAAAUAUUGUAGAAAUCUGUUGGAAUAUAUCGUAAUGAUGAACCAAACACCAUCUAUGGAAAUUCCUGCUCAAUUUAGCACAUAUUGGGGGAAGAUAUAUUGCUCUGAAUGUUAUGACCUAAAUUCAGGAUAAUAUGGCUUUUUGUAAAAUAAACAACAAAGUGUAAUAAAAGUUGGAGCAUUA